UGUUAAUUUGUUAUUCGACGAUUUUUUUUGUGGAUACUACGCUAUUAUAGAUGUUUCACGUAUCGUGCAUUAUGUUAUGUUACGGAUUCCAAUAAAUCUCUAACGGUCCGCUUGCGGUGUGUGUUUGUUUCGUUUGUGUUUCUCACAUAAAGAUUAUACAAGCGGACGAUAACCAUGAACCCGAAUCAAUACUAUCCGGACAACUCAUACUUCGUGUCCGAUGACAAUCUCAACUUCCACGCCGGUUCGUAUUCCAACUACGAUCAGAGUUUUGACAGCUAUUCUCAACCGGCCCAGUUGAACCAGCCUGCAGCCGCGUCAUGGCAGCCUACACCUACAACGAAUUUCACCGGUGAGGAAGACGAACCUCCUUUGCUCGAAGAGCUCGGCAUCGACCUCAACAAAAUCAUCAUUCGCUUGAUGCACUCAUUAGACCCGACCGGAAAGUGUGGUGUUGUUCUUGGCGAUUAUGACGUGAUAGGCCCGAUCGCGUUAUACCUGACAUACACUUCGCUGCUGCUGUUAGCCGGUGGCAAGCUAAUGUUCAGCUACAUAUACGGCUUGGCCGUGUUAACAUCCGUAUGUAUGUAUGGUUUACUCUGGGCUAUGACCGAUUCGUCAGAAGUCACAUUGACAUCUACAUUUUCUGUACUGGGCUACUCUUUUACGCCCGUCGUACUGGUAGCAUUGCUUGCCGUGUUCGUCAACCUCAAGAAUAUAUUUGGUGCUAUCAUUGUGUUGGCGGCUGUGGUCUGGAGCAGUAUGAAUGCAGCUAGGGUAUUUGUUGCCAUGUUUGGAAACUCCGAUCAGAAGUAUUUAAUGGCCUAUCCGUGUGCCAUCAUCUGUGGUCUAUAUACACUGUUUAUUUUGUAUUGAAAUUAUUAAUGUUCAUUAAUUUAAAUGUUUGUAAAUUAUUAUACCUAUAUUUUUUCUUUUAAUAUAUUUAUAUACAAUAAUA